AUGACUUCUUAUUUCUUCCACAUUAAAUUCGAGCUUUAUCCAACCGAAAACCCCGCCGCCGAAGCGAGAGCUCCUGCUAAAGGCAGCAGCCAGAAUAUUUGGCUACCGUCGGACGAAGCCAGCAUUUUUGACAAUCUUCCCGCACAUCCUCGAACUUAUCCCUCGGAGACAUACAAUAUCGAGAGACUAGAUACAAAAAGACGAAGAUCGUUUGGCGCAUCGGCGACUCUGGACCGCAGAGCCGUGGUUGGCGCAAACCAGAAGACAGAAAUUGUAGACGGUGGGGUUCCGCGAGCAUCGGUCGAAAACGGACACAAAAUCAAGCCUUUGUCCAGACGACAACCGUCAGAGCGAACGAACAUCUCAUCGCCGUCGAGCACUCUGCGGUCGCAAACUACAAUCCAGGAUUGGCGAUUCGGACGCAUAAACAUCGAGACUGUAGAUCCUAGCUUGAUCUACGAGAGGAACAUGGCUGCAGAGGGCAGCAAGGCGGCAGCUGCGGCUGGGCCAUCAGCUGCGCCAACUUUGGGACCGUCAUUCAGUGGCGCAGGGACGGCUACGAAGGCAGAGUUUAUCGAAUUCGAAGGGAAGAAUACCGAAGUUGGAUGGGGCAUCGUGCAUUUCUAUAAAGAGGGGGAAGAGACACCUGGACUCUACAACGAGGACGUAGAGGAGGAGCAGGCUGGUGAUAUGCAAGACUGCACCACGCUAUGUAUCCCUGCCGUCCCUGCUUACAUGUCGCCUUCAGACUUCUUGGGAUUCUUGGGAGAGCGGUGGCAAGGAGAUAUCAGCCAUUGUCGUAUGGUCAUGACAUCGCGAAUGAGUCGGUACUUGGUUCUACUCAAGUUUCGGGAUAGCAAACGGGCGAAACAAUGGAGGCGAGAGUAUGAUGGCAAGAUUUUCAACUCUAUGGGGUCCCAAGCCUGCCAUGUGGUGUUUGUGAAAAGCAUCACGUUUGAAAGACCAACUCGAGCAAGGGGACGUGACUACUCCAUCUCAUCCAGCCAGGCCGUUGCGAAUAGCUUGAAGCCUUUUCCUCCUCCCACGCCAAACCUUGUGGAGUUGCCCACAUGCCCAGUCUGUCUAGAGAGAAUGGACGAAACGAACGGAUUGAUGACAGUGCCUUGUUCUCAUGUUUUCCACUGCACCUGUUUACAAAGCUGGAAAGGAGCGGGAUGCCCAGUUUGCCGAUUCACAAAUCCUUCAGAAGAGAGCGAUCCGUCAAAUCCUUACAGCCAGUCUUUUGGGGGAUCAUCCUCCAACUUGUGCAGCGUCUGCGAUUGUGUCGACGACCUCUGGAUUUGCUUGAUAUGUGGUUACGUGGGUUGCGGUCGAUAUAAGGGGGGUCACGCCAAGGACCACUGGAAAGACACGGCACACUGCUUUGCUUUGGAGCUGGAGACGCAAUACGUGUGGGACUACGCCGGCGAUAUGUGGGUGCAUCGCCUCAUUCGCGAUAAAGGCGAUGGCAAGGUUGUCGAGCUUCCGAUGAGAGGGAAUGACACGGCCAAUAGCGAAGGAGAGGACGAUGAUGUAGUCCCACGGGCAAAGCUGCAGACAAUUGGCAUGGAGUAUACUCACUUGAUUACAAGCCAACUCGAGUCUCAAAGAGCUUACUACGAGGAAAUGAUCAACAAAAUGGCUGUCAAAGCAUCGAAGUUUUCGGCGGUGGCGGAGAAGGCUGCAGAACAGGCAUCUGAAGCCCUGGACAAAUCCAAACACCUAGAGCAGAAACUCGAUACUCUCACCAAAGAGACUAUCCCGCAGCUAGAGCGUGAUCUCGAGCGAGAAAAGGGCAAGGCCAAGAAGGGCGAAAACCUGGCGAGGAGCCUAGGUCAAGCCCUGCAAGAGGAGAAGCGGAUCAACGAAGGUCUGAUGAAGCGGAUCGAGCACCUCGACAGCGAGGCGACUACGAUGCGCAAACAGAUGGAGGAACAGAAGACGGAGAUUGCGGACCUAAAAGAGAUGAAUCGAGAUUUGACAAUGUUUAUUUCCGGCCAGGAAAAACUGAGAGAGAUGGAGAACGAGGGAAAGAUUGAGGAGGGUGAGCUUGAGGGGGGUACUAUGAGUGUUCCCGAGGCUAAGAAGAAGACGAGUAAUAGACGAAAAGGAAAGCGAUAA